AUGUUUUUGUUUCUUGUGAUAUCUCUUUUGGUUCUGGAGUUCAAUGAUUCCAAAAUAUUGCCAAGAACAAAGAGAGAAGAAAAUCCCGAAACAUUCAUGAAUAUUAGUGAGGUCUUACAAUAUCAUGGUUAUCCUAACGAGGAACAUGAAAUCCUGACAAAUGAUGGUUACUUUCUUACUAUCAACAGAGUUCUCGGAAGGAAAGCGUCAGAGAAAACAGCUUCCAAACCUGUUGUGUUACUGAUGCCAGGAAUUCUUACUGAUUGUGGAAUAUGGCUGACGAAUGUGCCCAACAAUAGCUUAGGAUUUAUACUGGCAGAUGCUGGCUUUGAUGUUUGGUUGGCAAAUAACCGAGGAAGCAGAUGGUGUAAAUGGCACCAGCACUUUUCAUCUCAAGAAAAAGAAUUCUGGAAUUUCAGUUUUCAUGAAAUGGCAAUGGAAGAUCUGCCAGCUAUUAUAUAUUUUAUCCUAGCUAAAACUGGACAGAAACAACUUCAUUAUGUUGGCUAUUCCCAAGGAUCCACUCUAGGAUUCAUUGCAUUUUCAGCUAUGCCAGCUUUAGCUGAGAAAAUAAAAAUCUUUUUUGCAUUUGGUCCAAUAUAUUUGGUGAAUCAUAUAAAACCAUGGUAUAAGAUGGUAAUCGAUAUGAACCAAGUUAUUGUAAAGGCUGUAUUAAGCCGAAAAGAAAUUUGCUUGCUACCUAAUCACAUUGCACGAAUCCUGGCCACUAAGUUUUGUCACCUGGAUUUAUGGAGAAAAACAUGUGCAAAUAUUUUAUUGUCCGGUGGUGGAAUUAGUGAAAACAAUGUAAAUAUGAGUCGCCUGGAUGUCAUUGUAUCACAUUUAUUUGGAUGUACAUCAACCAAAACUCUGUUACAUUGGAAGCAGUUGUACGACACUGGGCAGCUUAAAGAAUUUGACUAUGGCCCUAAGAAUAUGGAAAAAUACAAUCAGAUGACCCCCCCUUUUUAUGAUAUAAGAAGCAUAAAUAUUCCAACCUUCAUGUGGAGUGGUGGAAAAGAUAAAAUUUCAGCACUAAAGGAUACCGAACGAUUGCUCCCUCUUCUUAGUAAUCUGAUCUCCCACAAAGUAAUUCCUCAUUGGAUGCAUUACGAUUAUCUUUUUGGCCUUGAUGCUUGUCAAGAAUUGUAUGAUGAACUUGUUGACAUAAUUCACAAUUUCCCAUAAGCUGGGAAUCGUCUAGUUAGUAAAUCAGAGGCAAACAUGUGGCACUCCGCAACGUUUCCUUAACAGAAGAAAUGCAUGCUUCACUAAAGCAGAAGUGUCUAAUUCUUUUAUUUGAUGAUUUUUCUUUUAAAAAAGGAUAUCUUUUUAAAAAGUUAAUGCAGAUGCUUUGAAAGAAUGCAAUCUUGGGGAUUCUAAACUUUGGGAAGACUCACAGGGUAAAGUUUUGAGUAAUAAGGGUCAAGUGUUGAGUAAACUCGCACAGUAAAGUGUUGAGUAAUAAGGGAACAAUGAAGCCAAACAGUAAGAGCUGAACCCAGAUCCGCUCAACUCAACAGAUUUUCCCUUCUGGUUUCAGCUGCAAAAAAACAAAAGCCAGUUUUGGGGAGGAUGUGUUAAAGCCCCCCCCCCCCCGAAAUGGUAGUUGUGGAAAAAUGAUCUCA